AACAUUUUUUCAUUUUCCCCAUAUAUUUAUAGCGAGGUUCGGGUAUUUACUAAUUUUUUUUCAAAGUUUCGUCAUGGCGAAGAAGGAAAAAGAGCUAUGGAACAAUUAAACGGAUUCGAACUUGCUGGCCGAAGUAUUCGUGUUUCAACAGUUGAAGAGAAUGAGCCAUCAACUACAAUUAUUAAACAAGAAGAACAACCAACAGUUUCAAUCAAACAAGAAAAUGUACAAGUUGAUGAAACAAAUUCAACAUCUCGAUUACAAUUAAUUGCGAAUUUAGCAAAAGGUCGUUCAGAUGUUGAAGUUCCCAAAGUUACUCAAGAAGCAAUUGCUGCCCAACAAGCACAUAAACAAAAUGCUGAUAAUAUUCCUUCUUUUGCUACUCAAUGUUUUAUGCUCUCAAAUAUGUUUGAUUUAGCUAAAGAAACUGAACCAGGAUGGGAUUUAGAUAUUCGGGAUGACGUUGUUGAAGAAUGCAGAAAUCAUGGAGGCUGUGUUCAUGUAUAUGUUGAUAAAGCUUCCCAACAAGGAAAUGUUUAUGUAAAAUGCCCAACUGUAGCUAUUGCACACAAGUCUGUGGUUGCACUGCACGGUCGUUGGUUCGCAGGUAAAGUGAUUACUGCAAAUUAUGUCCCUGUAACAUCCUACCAUGAACUUUUUCCUGAUGCGAGAACAUCGAGCGCUAUUUUACAACCAAGGCCCUCUUAA